AUGUGCAUGCGCAGGCGGAUUGACCAAUUUCAUUUAUUGCGGAAAGUUGGCAGCGGGUAUGCCAGCACAGUGUACUUGGGCACUUGUCGCACAACUGGAAACCAAGUCGCGGUGAAACUCUAUCACAAGAAUAAGCUAUCCGAACUUAAUCAUUAUCAAGUGGCGCGUGAGAUUACUAUCCAUAGCGGCCUUGAUCACAAGCAUAUUAUCCAGCUGUGGGCGGCCUUUGAGGACCAGUAUGGUAUCUACCUUGUGUUUGAGUACGCAAGCAAGGGCGAUGUUUUCACUGAGGUGGAGCGCCGAGGUGGGCAACUCAAUGAAGCAGAAUCCGUGCGACAGGUGAUAUACCCUUUCCUCAGCGCGCUGGACUACCUCCACAGCAACUACAUCAUCCAUCGCGAUAUUAAGCCGGAAAAUCUCUUAUUUACGGCCACUGGCGUCCUCAAAGUUGGAGAUUUCGGGUUGUCCAUCAACUUCAGCCAGGAGCGACCCGUCACCCGGGUGGGCACCCUGGACUACAUGGCGCCCGAGGUGGUGGUGUGUCCGGAUAAGCACCGGCCGCAGGAUCACAAGGAGCUGAAGCACCUGCAUUACACACCGUUGGUAGACGCCUGGGCGGUGGGGGUACUAGCCUACGAACUGAUUGUGGGGCGGCCGCCUUUCGACAAGGGGCAGAAGAAGGCGACCAUCCACGAGAUUCUGAACGGGGAGCCCUUCAUUCCGCCCUGGUUGUCGGAAGGCGCUGUCCACUUCAUCAAGUGGGCUCUCACGAAGGAAGUGAGCAAGCGGCCCUCGGUGCAGCAGCUCUCGGAGCAUCCCUGGAUCACCAGCCACACGAAACAAGCGGUGCUGGCGACAGCGAGGCGACAGCUGAUCAAGACAGACUCGUUCGUAGAGCCCCGGCAGCUGGGCUUCCGCGGGAGCAACAUGCCCGUAGAGCCCCCCAGCACGAGCAGCAAGGAGCCGCCACGGACACUGCAGGUUGCGUCCGUGUCCCAGGGCGGCCGCCAGCUGGGCCACUCUAACUCCAUGUCCGCAGUAGACGGCAUGCGCUAUCGCGAUGUCAACAUCGAUAGCGUGACGAAUGGCAUGGCAUCCACAGCGGCAUCGGCCCUGAACGCUGUCAAACGCGUCUCCGAUGGUGACGGCACCACGGGCGGACGGCCGAGUGCCGCUGGCGGCCGAGUUAGCCGCGCGGGAACUGCCCGGAAUAGCGGAGCUGGCGGGGCCCCAGCAAACCGCUCAGGAAACCUGAAUGUAGCUGCUGCGGCGGCUGCCCUGGCUGCCGUGGCGUCAGAUGAGAUACCGAGAAAUGGCCGCCCAAUGAGCCGGGAGGAGCUUAUGUCAUCCCUUUCGGCGCCCAUGGGAGGGAGGAGUUUACAGAUGAUGCGUUCGUUCACGGCUGGGCGGCCAAAUCUGGUGGUGCAGUCGGCAGCGCAGCAAGGCAUGCGUACAAGCAGCAGCGGCAGCGCGGGCGCUGCAUCGUCAGCAGUCAGUGGGUCGGUGACCGCGCAUGGUAUGCGGGUACACCCGCCGACGAUGUCGCCGCUGGCGCGCACCGCCAGCGCCGCCUCGCAGGACUGGGGCCAGCUGCACCAGUCCCCACCUCCCCUCCCGUUCAGCAACGCUACCGCCAGCGCUGAUCUGGCAUUGGAAAUGAGCCGCGUGCACGUUGACGCCAGCACCUCCGUCGCUAGCUCUACUACCGCGCCCUACAGCCCCAAGCCGAACACUCCCCUGCGGCCCCAGCCGCCUCAGGCGCCCUCGCCCUCCGCCCGGGGUCUGAAGAGCGGCUCGCCCCUCAUUCCAAGUCGCUUGUCGCAGUCCUUCACCAGCUCCAUCUCACCGCUCGCAGCGGCAGCAGCGGCGGCAGCUGUCGCCGCUGCCGGGGGCGCGGCGCCAACGUCGCAGCACACGCCUAGCAGGCUUGGCCAGCUGUCGAGCUCAGGUGUUGCGAACUCGGAAGCAGUGGCCGCGGCCCCAGCGGCAUCGAAGGCGCCAGGUGUGCCUGCACUGGAUGCCGUCGCGGGUCAGGAGGUCAGAGAGGCGGUUGGCGCAGAGGGAUGUUCCGGUUCACCCGUGGUGCCUUCGGUGUCGGCAGUCUCCAGCAAGGGGACUGCUUCCGGCAGCGAGGCCGCGCUCAGCGUGGUGGCCAGCAGUAGCAGCGACCAAUCCAGCCCCUCGCCGGCGGUCCCGUCCUCUGUCAGCCCGCUGGAGCUUCUUGGCGAAAGGGGUUUAGCAGCAGCAGCAGCAGUGCACUGUUCAGAGGAGGCUCUUAAGACGCGGGCAGGGUUGAUCGCUCUGCGUAAGCACAAGCCGUAAUUUUUAUAAAAGAGCCUGCGUUGAUCCUGGAUUUUUAGUAUGCAUGUGCGGGUGGCGCGGAGCGGCAAGACGGUUAUUUUGGAUUCCCCCCGUGCCCUUACUCGGAGGAGGAUGUAGCAAAUAAAGCCGCAAUCCCCUCUUCCCUGCGCGACUAAUCGAGCAGUUGUUUUCCCUACUGCGUCGGGGUGCUGCACCUAGUUUUAAGAGGUGCUAAAUGCUACAUCGACCCGCAUGCACCGCAAGUAUUUAUCCUUAACUCCUUAACUAUUUGACGCUGCAUCUUUGCUACCUAUGUUGUAACGCGGUUCGAA